AGUUCUACUGAAGUCAAUAUAAAUGAUUUGCAAUUUAUUUUUGUUCUAAAAACUUUUUAUCAAACUAUUCAAAAUGUUUCAGUUCGGAUUCAACAUGUUUCAUGAAAUAUCAAGACCUUUUAAUAUGACUUAUCGGUGCUUUUCUGUGUCUAUGUUGCCUGGUAAUGAGAGGCAGGACGUGGAAAGAGGAGGAAAAAUUAUAAUGCCUCCAUCAGCGCUAGAGCAACUCACCAGAUUAAGCAUUGAGUAUCCCAUGAUCUUUAAAUUGACAAACAAGAAGACUAAAAGGAUUACACACUGUGGUGUUUUAGAAUUUGUUGCAGAUGAAGGAAAAGUAUAUUUACCACAUUGGAUGAUGGCAAAUUUAGUACUUGAAGAAGGUGCAUUAUUACAAAUCGAAAGUGUCUCCCUGCCAGUAGCAACAUUUUCAAAAUUCCAGCCACUCUCUGAAGAUUUCUUGGAUAUCACUAACCCCAAAGCAGUACUUGAAAACUGCCUCAGAAAUUUCUCUUGCUUGACAACAGGCGACGUGAUCGCCAUUAAGUAUAACUCAAAAGUCUAUGAAUUAUGCGUUCUAGAAACCAAACCGGGAAAUGCUGUGAUCAUUAUUGAAUGUGAUAUGAAUGUUGAGUUUGCUCCUCCUGUUGGUUAUAAAGAAGAAGAACGCAUUCCAAGAAGCGCCGAUGGCAACGCGGGACCAAGCAUGGACGAAGAUCCAGCUGUCAUGAUGCCAGAGCCCAGUGGCUUUAUAGCUUUUAGCGGUGAAGGCAACCGGCUUGAUGGCAAGAAAAAGAAACUUACCAGUGAAAGCGAGUCUGAAUCGCAGAACUCUCAAGCAAGACAAUCAUACGUCCGCGGGAUACCAGACUAUGAUUUUGUCAUCGGAACAUUAAGAUUUAUUAGAAACUCAAGGCCACCUAGCGCUAAAGAAGAAGCUCCUGCAGAACCAUUUCAAGCAUUUAAAGGAGAAGGGUUCACACUGCGUACUGCUAAGUCAAAGAAUUAAAUGAGAUUUAAUAUGUAAAAUAUACAUGUUUUUAAGUAAAAAAGAGUAUCCACACACGUCUUUGCUAAAAUUUUAUAAUCUUAGUUGUUUCUUAAAUUGAACAUAUUGAUAUAAUAAUUACAUACUAUGGUAGUGAUCAUUUAAUUAUUUUAUUAAUGUUAAUAUUGUUUGACAAUCACAAACACACAAUUGUAAAUGAUUAAAUGAUUGAUACAU